ACACGAAGUUUAUAUUCAUUCAGCUCGUUUCAAGUGGUUAAACCGUUCCAGAGAGAGGGAGAGCGAAGCAAGCCUGGGAGCUUUACUAAAAUAACUGGUUCGUAAAUCACGUCAACGGAAUGGAUUAAAACCAAUUUGUCAAACUGGAAAUAAAAAAGAAAGCAUGGCCAGCUCUGACAGUGAGGUAAAAACGUUGCUGAACUUUGUGAACUUGGCAUCAAGCGACAUCAAGGCAGCCCUGGAUAAGUCCGCCCCGUGCAGGCGCUCCGUGGAUCACCGCAAGUACCUGCAGAAGCAGCUGAAGCGCUUCUCUCAGAAGUACUCCAGGAUGCCCCGCUGCCACGCGCAUCGAGCCCCCGACUCUGCCCCCAAACCCAUCGAGGACAAGCCCACCCCGCUCACGCACGAGAGCCCCGCGUUCCUCCCCCACCUGACCGAAAAGCGGGAGCCACGCGCAGAGCGCCUGGACCCAAACCCCGACCGGGAAGAGGACCCAUCCCGCGCAGGACAGCUGCCCAUGCGCAAGCGGCAGCUCCCGGCCUCAUUCUGGGAAGAACCCCGCGCUCCUCACGGCGCGCACCCGUGUUUUCACCACGCGUGGAAGAGGAGAGCACACGCGGGGACUCGCACGCAGAGAGAGUCCGGCGGAGAUGAGCGAGCAGCCGACCUGCUGCCCCCUGCCCGCCGCGGCUCUCCGGACCUGGAGCCGCUCAGAGUGGCGCUCACGUGUGGGUGCGCUCCGUUCCAGUACCGCGGGUCCCAGGCUCUCCACACACACGCGCACACGCACCUCCUGCUGCCCCAGGCCAGUCUCGCCCACGUGGGUCUCAGGACCAAAAUCGGCGGAACUGAACUGGACAUGCAGAAAGUUCCGGACGCUCUUAAAAACAGCACAACUCACGUGGUGGUGAAACCGAUUCCCACUAAACCGGUUUCAACUUCUAUUUUCAGUGUUUUCGGGUUCAUUUAGACCGGUUUAAGUGUGAAUUAACUAGACAUAAUUGGAAACAUUUGAACUAUAAACAAUAUAAAAUACACAUACAUACCCAGCUUCCCUUUCUGGUUCCCAGAACAUUCGUUUUUUUAUUGAAACUAUGUAGUUUCUGGCUGGAUAAGCAUUACAGUUUUUGUAACAUUCUCAAAAUGUUUUCAUAAUCCUAAUCUUGUGACAUCAGUUGUGUAAAGCUUGGAAAAAAAUGUUUUAAUGUUGUGGGAUCAUAAGAAAAGAUUACAUGAACGUAAGAAUAUACACAUGGGGUAUAUAACUUUAUGGUUUCCAAUGAAAUAACUAUAGAGGAAUCUGUAUAAGCUGGGUGUAUAUGUGUAUAAAAGGCUGUUCUGGAAGUUUCAUGCAGUGGUUAAGAGCAGGGAUGCACAAUAUUGCGAGGAAAAAACAGACAUUGCAUUAUUUUAUCAUUGCACUACACACAUGUUGACCAAUUUGACCUAAAUUGAUUAAUCCAACUUGUCAUGAUAAUAAUAACUUGCACUGUGUUGAGGACUGGAGACAAUUAAAUGAUAUUGGGCAGAUAAAUGAGAAAAGUAAAAAAAAAAAAACAUUUUGUUAGACAAGCUGUAGAAUGACCUGUAUGACUUAAAUUUGGCUUCCUUGUAAAUGCAAGUCCUGCGAAGUCCCGUCGAUGCUCCAACGAUAUAUUGUGCAGCCCUAUUUGAGAUGUAACAUCACUGGAUAUAUUCUUAAUGGUUUCAUGUAAUUGCUUAUAUGAGAUGCAUACUUUUGAAUAUCUGACUCCUGUUUCCACCACUAUGAACAAUUCUGGUGUAUUUCACAACAAACUACUCUUAAGAUACAUUGUUUACAUCCUAACAGUUUAAUUAUGCAGAUAUUUUGAGAAAUCAUCUGCAUUGCUCUCCAAGUUUAAAUUCCUGCAUUGUUAAAUUUGUAAUUGUUUUGAAAUAGGCCUUAGGCCAACCAAUUUCUGAUUAAGCACUUAAAAGCACAAAUAAAUAAAUGUAGCAAACACAAAUCCAGCUAUAGUAGCUUGUUACUGAGGCAGUGUGUGUCCGUGCUCUUGCCUUACCCUGAGACCCUGUUUUAGAAAAAGUAAUUAAUGUCUAAUAUUAGCCUCUGUGAUAAUAGCACUGAGUAUAACUAACCCAUUUUGCUGUAGUUAUUUAUGAGCACCCAUCCUGUUUUUUUUUCAUGCUGUUUUUAAGGAUCUGUGAUGUCAGUGAUAUUUCAAAAUAGAGACCAGCCAUGUCAGGAUUUGAGUUAAUGCAACUAUCUAUUCACCCUGUUUAAGGAAAUAUCAUUUUUGUUUGGGCAAAAACUUGGAUGUCCAAAAUGGCAACUCACAGAAGAUGAAGAAAAACUUAACUUUCAAUGGAAGUGAAUGUAAAAAAGACAUUUUGGUCCAUUCAACACUUUUGUGAAGUAAUUACCUUACGUCAGAAAUGAAAAACAUGAAAACUGGAAAUACAAGGUUUUCACAAAACAGUUAUGAUAUUUAAGCACUUAGAUAUAUUCACGAUGACUAGGAUAUGCUACAUCAAAUGACCUAGAAUCAGUAAAACAGUAAAAGAAUCUCAGUUUAUUUUCA